GGCAGUGUGUGGGCUGCGGUCAGGGCCAGCCCCGCAGACGCUGGACAGAGGGAGUCUGUCCACGCCUUCUUCACCCCACGCUGUCUCCUCACCGCGUCCGGACAGACACACACUGCUAACUGACAAGGAUUUUCAAUGGCGGCCGGCUCUCCGUGCACACACCUGCUUCUUCUUUUUCUGCUGCCUUGUUUCCUGACGGCGUUGCCUACCGCCCAAGACGACCUGCUAAUCAACACUAAGAAUGGGAAAGUUCAAGGGAAGAUGCUUUCGGUGUUAGGUGGCGAUGUCAGAGCGUUUCUUGGGAUCCCUUACGCGAAACCACCGCUGCGGAAACUGAGAUUCAGACCUCCAGAGCCAGUAGCGAAUUGGCAAGGGGUGAGGGAUGCCACCAAAUUCCCAGACUCCUGCUACCAGCUGCAGGAUACGACCUUUCCAGGGUUCAAAGGUGCAGAGAUGUGGAACCCAAACACUCCUCUGAGUGAGGACUGCCUGUAUCUAAACGUCUGGUCCCCACGUUUCAAUAAAACCCAGGGCUCGGCACUGGCUCCUGUCCUCGUCUGGAUCUAUGGAGGCGGGUUUGUUGGAGGGACGUCCUCUCUGGACAUUUAUGACGGUCGCUUCUUGAGUAAAUCUGAAGGCGCUGUCGUGGUAUCAAUGAACUACCGAGUGGGACCUUUGGGUUUCCUGUCACUUCCUGACAACAAGAACGUGCGGGGCAAUGCGGGCCUGUUGGAUCAGCGCUUAGCCCUCCAGUGGGUAACCAACAAUAUUGCCGCUUUUGGAGGCGAUCCUUCGCAGGUGACUCUGUUCGGGGAGAGCGCUGGAUCAGCAUCUGUGGGCUUCCACCUGCUCUCUCGAGGCAGCCAUGGUCUUUUCCAUAGGGCCGUGAUGCAGAGCGGCUCCCCUAACGCUCCCUGGGCCUCAAUCAGCACAGCCGAGGCCUGGCGCAGGUCCACAAAGCUGGCCGCGGCGCUGGGCUGCAAAUCUAAUCCAGCUAAACUGGAGGAGUGUCUGCAGCAGGCUGAUCCCGGGAAAAUCACCUUGAUGCAAAGUGAAGUUCUGACGCAGCCUGCGCUCUUAGGCCUGUCCUUCGUCCCUACCGUUGAUGGAGUCUUUCUAACAAAUACUGUUGAGGAGCUGCUGAGUGCCGGUAACCUCCCGAAGAAAGAUCUGCUGUUAGGAGUAAACCAGGAUGAAGGGACCUACUUCCUAAUGUAUGGGGCACCUGGAUUUAGCCUCAGUGGUGAGAGUCUCAUCACCAGGAAUGACUUCCUGACUGGAGUGGGCCUCACACUGACGAAUGCAAAUGAAGUCACGAAAGAAGCAGCCAUUUUCCAGUAUACCGACUGGACGGACGAGAACAACGCAAAGGGAAACCGUGACUCACUGGGAGCUAUGUUUGGAGACCAAGACUUUGUUUGUCCUCUGCUAGAGUUCGCCUACAGGUACUCACAACACGGCGGCAAGACCUUCCUUUAUUUUUUUGACCACCGGUCGUCCGUCAACCCUUGGCCAGCGUGGAUGGGCGUCAUGCACGGCUAUGAGAUAGAAUUUGUCUUCGGGAUGCCGCUGGAUGCCUCCCUGGGAUACACGAAGAAUGAAGUAAACAUGACCAAGAAGUUCAUGAAACACUGGGCCAACUUUGCCCGGACAGGGAAUCCAGGCAAUGAAGGAGCCAAAUGGCCCGUGUUCACCACUGAGCAGCAGGAGUACGUCACUCUGAACGUCAACCCUCCGCAACAAAAGACGAUGAUGAGAGCUAAAGAGUGUCGCCUCUGGAACAAUUUACUACCAAAAAUACAGAAAGUCUCAGAUGAUCUGCAGGUUUGUAAUACUGCAAAUGGGAUAAUACCCCGCUCCGAUUACGUGUUCCUCCUCAUUUUGUUGGCUCUAACCUUAAUCUUCUGCUAGAGUGAAGAGACCUGCCCCGGGAUGGGCUGUUUCAGACAGCCAUAUACAACAGUUUACAUUAAAAAAUGCACAGCAAGAAUGAUCAAAACUCUGUCUUUGUAGACGUUGUAUGUAUGUAUUUGUGUUUUCCCUUUGUUUCUACAAUAACCAUCUCUGCAGGAGCAGUAUUUCAGGGUUCGUAAAUUCAAACUGUCAUAAUGGAACGAAUAAAACUCUUUGUUUUUCCUUUUAUUGUACAAUGAACAUUAACCAAAUAGUGGCUUUUGUCAAGGGAAUAUUAAUUUCUGAUUACUAGUGAAAGGUUAAAUAAGCAAUCACGGAGAUUCCCAGGUCACCAAGCCCAAAGCGUGACUAUACAAUGGCCUGUGAAUGAGACUUAACAAUCAGCUCUCUGACAGUUAAUGUUCAGCUACUUAUAUUUUAUUUUGUCUUUCUUUCAUAUGUUUGUAUUGAAUAAAUGGUGCUUACCGUAAAUGCAGAUGAUCUGAAGUGCACUUGUGAAUAUAAUGCAGCAGCUCAAAGCAGAUGUUGGAAUUUCACUUUCACAAAUUGAAUUUCAACCUGCAGAAGAUGCAUUAUUUCCUGGCCGUCAUUUAAGUCUGGCAGAAGAAUAAUGUUACUUUUGCUCAUCUAUGAGGCCGCAUACAGGAAUCAGGACUGCCCUGGAUUUGUAUUGAUGCACUGUCUAUUGACCAUACUAUGAUCAUUAAAGAUAAAAUGUUGAAGAUAA